AUAGAUUGUAGCGAUUAACUUCGGGAACCAACUAUUUACAUAACAAGUUGAUUAGAUUAAAUAACAUUUUAUUAGAUACGUGCAUCGAAAAAACAAGAUAACCUCAAAAUAUGGAGACUUAUAAACAACGUGAGAUGAAUGCAAAGGCUGAUUUAAAUCUGGUGGUUAAAAAGUUUGAAAAAAAAGCUUCAAAUGUGCAGAAAAAAAUGACCUCAGCCCCAAGCAGACCAGUUCGACAUAAUGUAAUAAAAAAAAUGAUUGGAGAUAUUAAAAGAUUUGUUGAUGAUCCCAAGAUGAAUCUCUUAUCGAGAAGAAAAAAAUUAAAAGCACACUAUAAAAAGGUUAUGCUUAAGUGGUAUAUACCAAUAUUUUGGAAAGAACCACGACUCGAAACAAUUAUAUGCAGAAAUAAAGAACUUGUUCUUUCAUGCUUUACAGAAUAUAGUUUACCGUGUUGGUCAUUAAAUAAGAAUGAUGAUGAAAGACUAAAUGAUCUAAAAUAUGUCAUUGAAUUCUGUGGUUACAAUUUAACAAGCCUAAAUGUAGACAAACAUCCUUUUUCUACAGUAAUGCCGUUGAUUAAUAACAACUGUCCAGGUCUUAAGGAACUUGUCGUAGAAUUUAAAGAAAUAAAAGAUGAGGAUUUUGAAAAUGUUUUUUCUAAUAUGCCUAAACUUGAAAAGCUAGAGGUUACAUGGAAGUGUAAAAAUUCAGCUCUACCAAUGACUUUGGUCAAGUCAUUAGAACAAGUUGGUGGAACCUUGAAACAGUUAUAUCUUUCAUGUAGAUCAGAGGAUGAGGUUUUCUUACCAGAUUCAUUGGCUUCGGUAUUCACUCGAUUCAUCGCUUUAGAACGUUUAUAUGUCAAUGGUUUUCAAUUGAGUCAACCAAUAAUCCAGUCGAUAGGUGAAAUAAAAAAUUUAACUUCUUUCAAAUUACUCCCACUUCGUGAUCAUCCAAUGAUUAAUAAAAAAAUCAGUAUGUCUCCAAUUGGGAAUUUGAUAAAUCUUGAAUCAUUAGAUAUUUGUUGGGAUUGUGGUGAUGCAGAUGAAUUAUUGAUUAAUCUCGGUGAUAACGCUAAACAAUUACAAAAAUUAGAUAUGCUUGUUACAAAUUUAACAGAUAAUGGUAUGAUCGCCGUUAAAAAAAUGAGUCAAUUGCGAUGGCUCACUCUUGGUAAACGUUUAGAUACAUUGAAAAAGACAAAUAAUUUUAUCACUGAUAAAUCAAUUGAAUGUUUAUUUAAUGAAAAAUUGCGGUAUUUAAAUUUAUCAAAUUGCACCGAAAUUUCUAAUAGAUCAGUGAUUAAAGCUUUUGAAAAUUUACCAGAUUUAUCAUGUUUAUGCGUUAAAAAUACAAAUGUUACUAUUAAAGUUGUCGAAGAAUUAUCCAAACUAACAAAGCUUCGUAAGCAAAAACUACAUGUAUAUGUUUCUUUUAAAGAUUGUAAUGGUAUUUUCAAGUCAUUAAUUGAAUCACAUAAUGUUGAAUUAAUAUCUACAGAAUAAUCAAUUAAUUAUAUCCUAGACAAUUACUCAAGUCAUAAAACCACUUUAUUUUUGUUUGUUAAAAAAAAUUUAUGGUGUUUUUCUCAUUAUAAUAUAAGAAAAAAUUAAUAUUUAAUUAAGUUCAAUAGUUUAAUAUCACGAUUGUAUUAGUUCCUAUAAAAUAGCUAUACAAUUAAAACUGUAAUAAUAAUUUAAUAAAAAAUGAUAAAUA